AUGGCACCUGCGAAACAGCCUAUCCUCUUCCUCACAAGCCCCGAGCAUGGGCAGUCCAACGUCGCACUUGCAGUGGCCGAAGAGUUUCUGCACCGUGGGGAAUUUGAAGUCCACAUCGUCUCCUUCAAGGAAUUAUCGGCUCGUGUACAAGCGAUAAAUGACAAAGUGGACUACGAUCGAGUUAUUCACUUUCAUCCAAUUGCAGGCCCGUCUCUGUCCGAGAUCGUGACACGUACAACACCGGAUAUAAGUCACCUGCCAGGGCUUGCCGGAACACAUGAUGCAUGUAACAUAAUCAACAUCUCCGUGCUGGGAUGGAAGCCUGACGAAUAUAUACGGUCAUAUAGAAGCUGUCUGGAGACUUUGAAAGAUGUUCGUCCGGUCGUCGUGGUUGCAGACCCGCUAUUGCAUCUAGGACUAGAUGCUGCUCGCAGUAUUGACGCGCGAAUUGUGAUACUUUGGCCUGUGCCAUUGAAAGAUGUGGUGGUAACCAUCCAACCCAAAGCUGGCAUAUUUUGGAAAUAUCCCCUCACCGGUUCAGGAUAUCCAUACCCCUUACCAUGGAGCCUGAUUCUUGCAAAUAUAUACAUGGUAUUUUGCUUCGCGUGUAUGGUUCGCCUGGGCAAACCCAUGCGCGAUCUUUUGAACAUUCGAAAGAAAGCCGGAAUCCGGUCGGAAUUUCCCCACGUCGCGCCUUACUGCGAAGACCAUCUACACCUCUCGCCUGCAUUUCGAGAGAUAGAUUAUCCGUUAUACGUCCCAGAUAAUGUCAUCAGCUGCGGUCCGAUCCUCCGGUCGCAUUUAUCCCUUGUAGAAAGUGAUCCGGCACUGGAUUCAUGGUUGAAGGAACAAACGAUUCUAAUAUGUCUUGGGUCACAUGUUCAAUCUCCAGAGAAAGAUGCAAUAGAGAUGACGAUGGCAAUCCAAGGUGUUUUGCGUGAAGCUCCUAACAUUCAGGUCUUGUGGAAGCUCAAAUAUGACUGGGAAAGCUCUCCAGUGGUCAAGAAUAUCCUGGAGCCUCUUGUCAAUUCUGAUAAAGUGAGGGUUGUACCAUGGAUCCAGCCAGAGAUUAUAUCCAUUUUGGAAGGCGGUAAUAUAGUUGCAUAUGUCCACCAUGGAGGAGCGAACUCAUUUUUCGAGGCGUGCAAGGCCGGUAUUCCGCAGGUCAUUCUGCCGCAGUGGUUCGACACGUACGAUUGUCCGUCCCGAGUAGAGUGGCUAGGAAUUGGAUUACACGGAAGCCGCAAUGUGGCACCGAAAAUAAGUGGAUCGGUGCUGUCUUCGGCCCUGCUGCGAGUUCUAACGGACAAAGGGAUCCAGACACGAGCUAGGGCCAUUGGAAAUUUGUGCAAGAAGACCGAGGGACGCGUGUUUGCUCAUGAUCAGAUCGUACAGUACGCCAAGGAAGAGUUGUGA